UUUCUUUCCUCGCUUUAUCUGCUUUUUUCAAACCGCGUUUCCCAAGGUCUUUUCCGUCAUAUCACUUUCACUCGCCCUCCAUUCCCUCUCAAAACCCAGCCCUGCUCUCUUCUCUUCCUACGCCUCUUCUUCUGCUCUCCUUUCCUUUCCCUUCCCUUCCCUUCCCUUCAAGUUUUUACUAACCCAAAACGCGGCUGGGUAUUACGUUUUUGAUGAACUAAGAGUAGAGCUGUAGAAGCAGAGUUUAAGAGAGAAGAAGAAAGAGAGCAAAAAAGGGGUUGCUGUUUUUUUUUUUUUAUUUGAUGGCGGAGAACGGUGAAGAGAAGCUGUUGGCGGUGGCGAGGCAUAUAGCCAAGACGCUGGGGCAGAACGAUACCAUGGCGGACGAUAUUUUGCAGAUCUUUUCCAACUUCGACGGGAGGUUUUCUCGCGAGAAGUUGUCUGAGAAAAUGGGUGACGACGACCCCCGUGGUUGCGCCACGCUGGAGCGGACCCUCAAUUCUUUGGACCGUCAGAUCUCCCAAUACGUGGCGGCUGAUCAUCCCAUCUGGGCUGACACAGCUGAUUCCUCCGCCUUCCUUGACGCUAUUGACGAGUUGAUUGGCAUGAUCAGGGACUGGAGCGCCAUGGCCGCUGAGAAAUCCGUCGGCGCGUGUCUUGUACGAGCUGACGACUUGAUGCAGCAGGCCAUGUUCCGCGUCGAGGAUGAGUUCAGGUCUCUGAUGGAGCGAGGCGCUGAGUCGUUUGAACUGCGUCGGAACAACCACGAGUCAACAGGAAACUUAUUGACCGAUUCAGACGACGAAAAUGAAGAGAACGAAGAAGGAAUUCUUCACAACGGUGCGGAUCUCGAUGACCAGAUCCCCUUAGCUCAGCCGUUAACGGACUACGACAUCGUAAUCGACGCGCUCCCGUCGGGAACCAUCAACGACCUCCACGAGAUCGCCAAGCGCAUGGUGGCCGCAGGGUUCGGAAAAGAAUGCUCUCACGUGUACAGCACGUGCCGAAGAGAGUUCCUUGAAGAGAGCAUCUCAAGGCUUGGGUUGCAAAAGCUGAGCAUUGACGAAGUCCAGAAAAUGCCCUGGCAAGAGCUCGAAGACGAGAUUGAACGCUGGAUCAAAGCCGCAAACGUCGCGCUUCGCAUCCUCUUCCCGAGCGAACGCCGCUUAUGCGAUCGCGUCUUUUUCGGAUUCUCCUCCGCAGCUGAUCUUUCCUUCAUGGAAGUCUGCCGUGGCUCCACCAUUCAGUUACUUAAUUUCGCUGACGCCGUUGCUAUCGGGAGCCGGUCACCGGAGAGACUUUUCAAAGUUCUCGACGUGUUCGAGACUUUGCGUGACUUGAUGCCUGAAUUUGAUUCCGUGUUCUCGGAUCAGUACUGUUUGGUUCUUAGAAACGAAGCCGUUACCAUUUGGAAGAGAGUAGGAGAAGCAAUCAGAGGGAUAUUCAUGGAAUUAGAGAAUUUGAUUCGGCGGGACCCUGCUAAGGCGGCUGUUCCUGGUGGCGGACUUCACCCAAUCACACGUUACGUAAUGAAUUAUCUCCGGGCGGCGUGUCGUUCACGACAGACGUUGGAACAAGUUUUUGACGAAAGUAAUGUGGUUGUUCCAUCAAAUAAGCUUGACGAUAGAGGGUCAUCUUCGUCUUCUAUGUCGGUUCAGAUGGCGUGGAUUAUGGAGCUUUUGGAGAGUAAUUUGGAGGCGAAGUCCAAGAUUUACAGGGACUCUGCUUUGUGCUCUGUUUUCAUGAUGAAUAAUGGAAGAUAUAUCGUAAAAAAAGUGAAGGAUAGUGAGUUGGGCUCACUUCUGGGUGAUGAUUGGAUCCGAAAACACAAUGCAAAAGUCCGGCAAUACUGUACGAAUUAUCAGAGGAGUUCGUGGAAUAAGAUUUUGGGAACACUAAAGCUUGACAACACCUCCUUGGCUUCGAAUGCGGUUGCCAAGUCCAUGAAGGAGAAGAUCAAGUCUUUCAAUUCGCAAUUUGAGGAGGUAUGCAAAACUCAGUCUACAUGGGUUGUAUUCGAUGAGCAGCUGAGAGAAGAGUUGAGGAUUUCAGUGUCUAGACUUUUGCUACCAGCCUAUAGAAACUUCAUUGGGAGGUUCCAAUGUAUUCCUGAAAUCGGGAGGAAUGCUGACAGGCUUAUCAGGCACGGGCCGGAGGAUAUCGAGGCUAGGAUUAGUGACUUGUUUGAGGGAGGCAGUGGAUCAUCCGGUGGCAGAAAGUAGAAGGUAAGCUGCAGCUAGUGCAAGUUGAAGGAUUCUUUUUGUGUUUGUGUGGAUGGUAGUCUAAACUGAUUUGCCAAUCUGGCGCUAGGUGUUUGGUAUGUAUUUAGCACAAAUUUUCCUCUUCUAUUUGUGAAUUAAAAAAUCAUGGAUAGACAGUCUGCUUGUGUUAAUCAGAAGAUAUUCUGGUUUCGAGGUGAGUUAUAAUGUUGCAGUGCUUUCUUCAAAUCCUGUAUAUAGCAAACUAUCAUAUGAGGAAUUCUUAUUCUUGUUUUACAGGUA